AUGGACGACUCGCCGCUAAGCCGCGGACCCCUGGGCCCCCUGCUAGGUAGCGGUCCACUGGACCCGUCGUCGGCGGCGGCAGAUUCGGAUGGCUCGGGUGGAUCGUCGUCCGCAGAUUCGGAUAGCUCCGGUGGAUCGUCGUCAUCGGGAUCCCCGCCGUCUCCCUCCAGCCCACAAUCGUCCACGCAGUCGACCCCACCGCCAGGGUCCUCGGACUCGGCGCCGUCGCCGCCCUCGCCGUCUCAGUCACCGCCGCCGGCUACGCCAGCAGGCACCAGCGGGCCGCCCCCGGCUCAAGUCUCGCCGCCGGGGUCAAAUGCCAUCCCGUCUCCGCAGGCUCCGAAGAGCAACGGGGGCGGCGGCGGCGGCGGCUCCUCGGAGAGCGGGGGCGGCUCCAAGGGCGGGGGCGGGUCGAGCGGCCGCGGCAAGGGCGGGAGCAAGCAAGACGAUUCUCCGCCCGUGGAGGCCGUGGUCGUCGGCGUGGUGAUCGGGGUCCUGGUCUUCGCCCUGCUGCUGUGCAUCGCCGCGUGCGUGUGCUGCGCCAGGAGGAAGAAGAAGAAGCCGCCCAUGGCCAUGCCCUUCUACACCGACCAGCAUGGGAACGUGUACUACGCGAACAACAUGCCGAGCCCGUGGCAGCAGAGCGGCGGCCCGGUGGACGGGCACGGCGGCGUGGGGUGGCACCCGCAGUACCCGCUGGGCCAGGGGCCGCUGAGCGAGGAGAUGAUCAUGAGCGGGUCGCAGGGGACGGGGUCGUCGAUGCCCCCGCCGUCGCCGGCCAUCUUCGGGUCGCAGAGCUCGUUCACGUACGAGGAGCUGGCGUCGGCGACGGGCGGCUUCUCCAAGGCGAACCUGCUGGGGCAGGGCGGGUUCGGGUACGUGUACAAGGGCCUGCUGCAGGGCAGCGGCAAGGAGGUGGCGGUGAAGCAGCUCAAGGCCGGCAGCGGGCAGGGCGAGCGCGAGUUCCAGGCGGAGGUGGAGAUCAUCAGCCGCGUCCACCACCGCCACCUCGUCUCCCUCGUCGGCUACUGCAUCGCCGGCGCCUCCCAGCGCCUGCUCGUCUACGAGUUCGUCGCCAACGACACCCUCGAGCGCCACCUCCACGGCAAGGGCCUGCCGGUCAUGGACUGGCCCAAGAGGCUCGCCAUCGCGCUCGGCUCCGCCAAGGGCCUCGCGUACCUGCACGAGGACUGCAAUCCGAGGAUCAUCCACCGUGACAUCAAGGCGGCCAACAUUCUCUUGGAUGAAAAUUUCGAGGCUAAGGUCGCGGAUUUCGGGCUCGCCAAGUUGACGACGGACAACAACACCCACGUCUCCACGCGCGUCAUGGGGACGUUCGGGUAUCUGGCGCCGGAGUACGCGUCCAGCGGCAAGCUGACGGACAAGUCGGACGUCUUCUCCUUCGGCGUGAUGAUGCUGGAGCUCAUCACCGGCCGGCGGCCCGUGGACCCCAGUAACUACAUGGAGGACAGCCUGGUCGACUGGGCGAGGCCGCUCCUGGCGCGCGCGCUGUCGGAGGGCGGCAGCUUCGACGAGGUGGUGGACCAGCGCCUGGAGAAUAAGUACGACCGGCAGGAGAUGGAGCGCAUGGCCGCCAGCGCCGCCGCCGCCGUCCGGCACUCCGCCAAGCGCCGCCCCAAGAUGAAACAGAUCGUUCGCGCGCUGGAGGGCGACGCGUCGCUGGACGACCUGAACGAAGGGAUGAAGCCAGGGCAGAGCAUGAUAUACAGCUCCGACGAGUCCGGCAGCUACGCGGCCAACAUCAACAGGCUGAGGCAGGUCGCGUUCGAGAGUAGCGGGGAGUACACCAACGAGUACAGCGGGACGGGGGAGUCGGGGGAGACGACACAACGGCAUCACUAA